AUGCUACUGGUGUGGACUCUGCUCACAGCAUUUGGGUUAUUGGUGAACCUCAAAGCAGAACCCUGCAGCAAAGGGACCCUGUCCUCCAACCAGCAUCCCCUCAGCACCACAGAAAUCUGUGACAAAGGAAAUAUGACCACCAACACAGCUACUCAGGUCCAGCCUGGAACCAGCAUCACCCUCUCCUGCCAGCUGAGCCCUCUGCCAUACCCUCGGCAGUGCAGGACAGCGAUCUUCGUUAACAGCUCUCAAUUAAGUCUCAGUUAUGGUCGUUCAUCAAGCACCACAUUUCUGGUCCGUGCCUAUGGCAAGCACACCUUCACCUGCAAAGAAAUUUGUGACCCCGCCAAAAAACUCAUGUGUGGACUUGAUGUUGAAUCUGGAAAUCCUCCAGAUGAGCCACAGAAUGUGUCAUGUAUCCAGGAUGGGACAAAUGGCCACCCCACCUGCACCUGGGAUAAAGGGAGGCUCACCUACAUCAGCACAACCUACGUGGUACAGCUAUCAAACGGGACAGAUGUCUUCUGUUUUUCAGAAGGUGUGAAUCAGGAGGUUGGCUCUCUGGCUCUCAGCAAGUUGAGUUUUGACUCGAGGUACAAGGUUGUGGUUGUCGCCUCCAAUGAGCUAGGAAGUGCUUAUUCACAGCCCCUUGUCUUCAUGCCAAUAGACAUCGUGAAACCACACCCUCCCAACUUUUGGGUGGAAUUUGAGAAUUCUUCAGAGGCUGGCUGCACCUUCGUUUGGUCCAAUGAAACCCAAGAGAGGCACUGCAGGCUGAGAUACCGACCACUUAGCAAGCACUCCUGGAGCACGGUUGAGAGCUUGGACAGUGGGAACUGGAGUCUGUGUGGGCUGGAGCCUCACACAGCCUACGAGUUUCAGCUCAGCUGUAAAAUUCACCCUGAGCGAGGACUGUGGAGCAACUGGCACACAUACCAAGCCUGGCCUCCAGAAGCAGCCAUUUCCAACAUGAGUGGCCAGCCCUCACUGGACAUCCCUGACCUGCAGUCUGGCAACUACGUCCUGUGGGUGACAGCAUCAACAGCUGCUGGUGAGGGUCCCUCAGGCAACAGCGAGCUCCUCUGCUUGGAAAUGAACCUCUGCCAGGGUGCUGGGGACUGGUUGACUCUUGUGCUCACCUGCAGCUUCUUCAUCCUCUUAGCCUGUGUUUGUUCUUUGCCUCCAGUGAGGAAAGUAUUACACCAGCUCUUCUCCAUGCUGGUGCCCCAGUGGCAGAGCAAAGCCAUUCCAGAUCCAGCUAACGCUACGUGGGUGAAGAACCACACAGCUAUGAAGGCUGAGCUGAUGUUUCCCUCCAGCCUCUUCCUGCCUGACAUCAGCAGCUUUGAAGAGCCUGAAACAACCCAAGUGGAGGAAACCUUCCUGAAGAUAAACCUCCAGGACAAGCUCUUCUUAGGCAGCACUGGCAGGAGGGGCAAUGGUGACUGGCCAGCAGAGAGUGAUGGGGAGGUAGAUGAGCAGCAGCUUCCUCACCUCUACAAGAGGAUGGUGGUGGAGGUGAUGGAGCCAGCACAGACUGUUUCUGAGUACAUCACCAACCCCAUCACUGACAUGGCCACCACCUACUUACCACUGGUCCUGUGCACUCCUGAAGAGCUCCCUGAACGUGAAUGUGAGCCACUCUCCAUCUUCCCAACAGCUUCUUUGACACCUUCCUGUGGAGGGAACCUUACCUUGGAUCAGGUGAAAAUCAACUGCAGCUCUUUAAGAAGGUAAGAAGG